AUGAGCAACAACUAUUCAAAGGAAAAUGAUAAUGCUGAUGCUUUAGAGCAUUAUUCAAGAAGCCAAGUAAAAGUAUUUAAUGGAAUCGUUUUUAGGAGUUCAAAAUGAAUUAUAGAACAGAAGAAGCAUUAUUAGAAGUUAAUAAUGCUUUAAAUCUUAAUCCUAAAUUUGCAGAAGCCUACACUUUAAGAAGUUAAAUUCUUUAAAUAUCAAUUUAGGUGAAUUAUACGAAAAAAUGAAAUUAUAUGAUUAGGCAUUGGAAGAUAUAAAUUAUAGCAUAUCCAUAAACAAUAAUAAUGCUGAAAGUUAUUAUUAAAGAGGUUUAAAUAUAAUUUUUGAAUUUAAGCAACAAUUUAUUGGAGAAAAUAAUUAUUUGAUGAAGCAUUGGAAGAUUGCUAGACCUGUUUGGAGAUUAAUACAAUUUUUUCGAUGGCCUAUAAUAGAAUUGGUAGUAAUAAUAUAUAUAAAUUAUAAAGGUAGUAUUUUUGAUGAUAUGA